AUGGCGGCCACGAAGGUAAAUUUUGCCGUACGAUCUGAUCACGAAGUUAGUCAAACAUCAAAGAAAGUUACUUUCUUUAUCAACGGGGAUCGUAACUUUAAGGGCCAACCCAUGGUAAUUACUCCAAGGCGAUUUCGAAACGUGGACAUGCUUUUGAAUGAGUUGUGUCGUCUGACGCACUUCAAAGACUUGCCCCUGGGAGUCCGGUAUCUAUUUUCCCUUGAGAGUGGCACCAGGGUUGACACAUUGGAUCAGUUAAUUGACGGCAAAGCUUACGUAUGCUCUUCACACUCAAGCCUAAAGAAGAUUUCAUACGGAGGAAAGCCUGCUAUCGCCAUCUGGAGCUCAAAACAACACAUCGAUCUUCCUGAUGUCCAAGGUAUGCAUCACAGCGAGCCAAAACGCCGGCCUGUCGGUGUUACGCCGGUAAGAGGUGGUGUAUCUUCGAGGAGACGGGGUUACUCCGACCCAAGAUCAAAUCCAGGAGACAACAAUCGGUUGAUCAUCAAACCUAAAACAGUUCAGGUGAUUAGAAAUGGGUCGCAGAAACCCCGUCCGGUAGUAACAGUUCUGUUAAACAAAAGAACAGCGCAGAAUCUAGAGCAAGUUUUGGACGAAGUAAGCAAUUCGUUUGGAAACACUGGUGGUCUUAGCCCACCGCGGAAACUGUACUCAACAUCGGGUCACCAGAUUCGCGAUGUGGUUGAGUUAUUUCGGGACGAAAACAAUAUAUUUAUAGCCGUUGGAAGCGAGAAAUUUAGCCGUGACGACAUCACGGAUAUCAUAGAGGAUUUUGAGCAGAGGAACUCGAAAAAAGAAAAUGCGAAACGAAAACAGUCGAGAAGUGGUAACGAUGGAAUGUCACAAUCAAAACAAAGAAAUACCAAAGAACACGAGCAGCUGGUCGGUAAAUCUGUUCACAAAGCCGAGGAAAACAAGCUGCCUAGGCUUCCAGACAUACAUGAAAAGGUCGAUAAUAAACAAAGGCCGGAGAACAAUAACAGAACACACUUGCAAGGAAACUCAAACCCGAAACGCGUUCAUCGUGCUAAAAAUGUGCAUGAAAGAACUGCGGAGAAAAAGCCUGCAAACUCUGUAAAGUUGCCCCAAAUCGGGAACGCUAAUUUAGUUUCAAAUUCGGAAAAGGAGAAUGUAGAAAACCGAGACGUUUCUCGAGCGAACAACGAAGAAAAUGACCGAGUUAACGAAUCGAAUAAGCCAUACAACGUACGCGGAGAAGACGCGACUAAACCCAGUAGAAAAGUGUCCGUAAGUAGAAAACGUGAAAACGAUAAAGUUGACAGAAAAACCUCAAAGGAUGACAGUGGAAUAACAUCAGAAGAGGAGGCAAAAUAUGGUACUGUUACAGACAAAACUGUAGAAGAUGUCUACGACAUGGGCAAGAAAAUCGGAGACGGGAAUUUUGCUGAUGUUCGUGUUUGCAGCGAUAAGAUAACCAGGAAAGAAUUUGCGUUAAAAAUCGUUGACAAGGCAAAAAUAAGAGGGAAAGAACAAAUGAUUCGGGACGAAAUAGACAUCAUGAGAAGAUGUACGCACCCGAAUAUUGUACGAAUGUACGAAGAUUACGACUCAAUCAGGCAUAUUUAUCUUGUUAUGGAGUUAAUCAAGGGAGGUGAUCUCUUCGAUGCAAUUUCAUCGUCGGUCAAGUUUACCGAAACUGUCACCAAAAAUUACGUCAAAGACAUCGCAAGGGCACUAGCUUAUUUACACAAGAGAAAGAUUGUGCACAGAGACUUGAAGCCUGAAAAUUUGCUGGUUAGUAAUAAAGCAAUUAUUGUUAAUUCACGCUGAGCUACGGACUGUGAAAAUACAUCCGUGGACUAAUUUUUACUAAUUUCAAUGCUAAAUUGUUGGAGAGUCAAACAUUUAGCGCCUAAAUGUUGCUAUUGUGUUUCGAAUACAAAGGCAGGAAAAUUCAUCGCCGCUUUGUUUUGAAAUCAAACAAUAGUGACGCCUUGGUUAUAUUAAAAAACCCCGACUUUGUUUGAACAAACUUUAACAGCUUAAAAGUGUAGCGAGAGAAACCAUGGCAACUUCAUGCCUCCUGCGAUACCGCUUAAUUAUGGCCAAAAUGCUCCGAAUUUAACCGUUAAUUUUAGUAUUUUGAUCGUCAUGCACUAUUUCAUUCACGUAGAGUUAUCUUUCAAGCGUGUCUCAAUUUCUUUUCCCGGCGGAAAUUACGGAACAAUUUUAUAGUAAAAGAACAACGGAGCCUCAUGACCCUCUCGUGAGCAGGGUCUCCGGUCGUAAAUGUUUACAAGGGAAGAUCAGCAAUUUCCAUUCAUGCGUCAUUUCUUCAUGUGUGCCCGGGUGUGUAUUUUGCCAGACUUCGCGUAGUUUUCCUCCGCGUAAAAGAUCAAUGGUUGGGUAAAUGAGCACCUGCUAAACUUAACUUACAACUGUGACUUUGAUUAUCUGGCAUGAGUGACUUAGACUAACACGUACUCGCGAGAAUUCUCGCGCGAGAGCCUUGGUACGUGUUCUAACAUACACACUUCUUUCAGCGUUAUUUGCUUUUCUUCCUCGUUCUCGUUUUGGCUUUCUUAGCAUGACUCACAGGGAAUGUUGCACGAAACAUUUUUUCCAGAAUUACACAGUAUUUAUAGAUGAAGGUAUUAGGGUUCCUUUCUGUCGUUUAUUCUGAAAAUUUGUUAACAAGGAGACUGACGGAAUGCCUUAUCUUUCUCUUAUGCAAAAAUAUUUCUCAACCGGUUCUUUUGUUUUUACCCAUUGUUGCUCGGUAGGAGUUUUAGCAGCAAAAAGAAUGUGAAAACACGCGCAGCUUAAUUUAAAGUUUUUUACAGUUAUUCUUACGUGUAAAUUGUAUUUUGUUUUGGGAAUGGUGGUUUAUUUCUCCUUUUUUUUUUUAAGCAUGUUUAUCUUUCGGAAAUAUUUCCCCCCUCAAUAAGUGAAAACUUCAUAGUAUUGUUGAAGACAGGAUAAGAAAAGCAGUGAUGUUUUCCAUUAGUCAUGGAAAGGAAUAGACACCUUCGCAGCCGUUCUUUGGGAUGUUGCGCAACGCUACCCUUCUUGGGAGAACAUUGCGUGACAUCUUAACAGAGACUAUACUAGAAAUGGGGGGAAAGGUGGGAAUGGGGGGAAAAGAAAUCUCUUGGAAGUGAUAUCUCCUAACAUGUAAUCUUAACCUUGUCUUAGGUCCACAAAAAGCCCAGUGGUCAAGUAAUUCUUAAGCUGGCUGAUUUCGGGUUAGCAAUGGUCGUCAAAGCACCGAUCUUCACAGUUUGUGGCACUCCCACAUAUGUAGCCCCCGAAAUCCUUGAAGAGACUGGAUACGGGCUCAAGGUAGACAUGUGGGCCGCGGGUGUCAUCACCUACAUCAUGCUCUGUGGGUUCCCGCCAUUCCGCAGCGCCAAGAAAGACCAGGAUGAACUAUUCGAUUUGAUCAUGGACGGGGACUACGAAUUCCUCUCACCCUACUGGGAUAACGUCUCCAGCGAAGCUAAAGACUUGAUUUCCAAGCUCCUUGUCGUGAAUCAUAACAAGCGUUACAGCGCUGAGGAAGUGUUAGCUCACCAAUGGGUGGGGGGUUCUGCGGACGUCUCUCUAAGUAGGGAGUAUCUUGGUCAGAAUCCCGCCGCUAAGAAGAAGUUUAAAGCUGCUGCAUUGGCCGUCCAAGGAAUGAAGAGAUUUGAGAACUUGGCGGAGCAGUUCCAGCGUCAACGAGGGGAGAAGAUUAUCAUCACGUGAUAAGUUGGAAUCUAAUUUGCUACUGUCUGGUCAAUUCAUUCUCAGCACUAGUUGGCGGAAAAGGUACAGGAGACGAGGUAGACCCUAGUGGCAUUAAAUAUGACGCACAGAAACAUAGUAAACUUUUGAAAUGAAAACAAACAAAACUCAACUUGAUCAUUCAUAGCUUGCGCACAAGAUCAACUUUUUCCCGCAAUCUCCUCGUACAACUUUGUCUUAGUCCGUUAGAGAAUUGAGCAGUUUAUUUUUAGAACAUUUGAGAGUCUAGCCAUGUGGCGGGCUACUUGAAGCAUUCGAAUUAAGUUAUUUCAUCCAACGAUUUAUAAUCCGAUUUGUUAUAGCCUUUGCAUGGUUCUUGGGAACUUCUUACUUCGUUCUUACUCAGGAAAUUGUUCGUUCGUAGUUACCGUUAGUGAAACGAUUGUUUCUAUUUUGACAUCGCAAACCAAAUCUCAGUUCGAUUUGACCGAGGCAUGGUUAGUUAAUUGUUAGAUAUUGAAGCAAGAUAAAGAAAAUUAUAUACUUAUCAAUCGUACAAUCCAUAGAUGAUAAUUAAUCGAUAAUCAAUUCUCAAUCUUUAUAACUAGCGUAUUCAUAAUUAUUUCAUACUCGUGCAUUAUAAAUAGUAUUUAAACGUUUAUAAAUCUUUUCGUAUAGAAAAUGUUGAGCAAAUAUUUUCAAUAACUUAGCAACAUGAUCUCGCAAAUAGUAAUUAUUUGAAAUGUGUGAGUGAUCAUCUUACAAUAUUAUCGAUUAAUUACUCCAAGAUAUCUAAUAUGAUUUUCUGUGUUCCUAUCCUUCUCUGAAUGAACUCGUUCUGUCUUUUGUAAGACUUGUUACUCACCGUCAAAUUUUGCAUCUUUAUUGGAAACAACAUUU